GCAACAUGGCGGCUUCGGGGGCUGGUGACCCUCUGGAUGCUAAGCCUGGAGAGGCCCCAUUCGCUCAGCCUAUCGACCCGACUCGGGAGAAGCUGGCACCUGAGCAACUGCAUUCCAUGCGGCGGGCGCAGCUUGCCCAGUGGCAGAAGGUCCUACCGCGGCGGCGGACCCAGAACAUCGUGACCGGCCUAGGCAUCGGGGCCCUGGUGUUAGCUCUUUAUGGUUACACCUUCUACUCCAUUCCCCAGGAGCGUUUCCUAGAUGAGCUAGAAGACAAGGCCAAAGCUGCCCGAGCCCGAGCUCUGGCAAGGGCGUCAGGAUGCUAAUCUGGAUGGGUAUUGAUCAUGUCCAACCUGCUGGAGCCCCUUCACAUGGUGGAGGAUGCCCCAUGACCCUGUAGAAAUUGAAUCCUGCUCACAACAUUGUUGGCCUUCUUACUAACCUUGGGCCAUGAUUAAUCCCAAGAAACCAGGGACUUAAGCAUUUGGCCACUGUCAAAAGAACAGAACUUUGCCCACUGCACACUUGCUGUGUACAAUGACUGAGCCC